AUGCCUCCCCCUGCAUCCCCCGUAACCGAGAAACCCUCACCCGAUCGUCAUCAUUCCAGGUUUUACGCGGAACUUCAGCAGCUCCAGCCCGCAAUCCUGCAUGAAACUCCAAAGCUUCCGACGCCCGAUCCUCCCCCAGCGAAUGAAGAGCUUCAACGACACGGAACAAGACGCCGAGCUUUGGCAAAGCUUCGAACGAGGCUAGACCGAAGGCAGCUCCACAGCAAGGCUGAGCGCCCGAUUCUCGGCAUCAAGCCACAGCCAAAAGCCGCGGUGGGGCCCAGCCUCAGCCGGAGAGUGGGGGCUUUCCCGACAGCCAUUGCGCGGUACGUCACUGAGCCUAGCCCUGAAGCUUUGCCCUGGUCUUCCAUUGGCAGUUCUAGACCCCUGUCAGGAAUCGCCCGGCGGUUCGGCGUGCGUGUCGGCGGAGCCCUCCGGGAGAGGCUCGAUUGCGUCCAAUCACAGGCCGCGGCUGGCCAUUUGCCACAGCUGUCUUCUGGUCCUCGCUGCGGCUGUUGGCUCGGGGUUAACGGUGGGCUCUACUUGACUCUGGUUGGCUCGACGAACCUGGCGCCGCGUAGGAGACAUUGCCGAAUUCCGAAUCCAGCAGGACCCUGGCUGGUCUUCAGCUCGCAAGGCAAGAUUGAUUGA